CCCGACAUUAAAAUUUCAAUUUUUAGCAAAACGCUUUACUGUCAUUCUCGUCGGAUUCUCCGCCGUCGUUGAAUUAUUCUCCUCUCCGAUUAUCCUCUACGCUUCUUGCUAAAUCUCUUUAAUUAGUUUAUACAUAUUUCAAAUAUAUUGAAAUUAGGGUUUAGGAAUUGGGGAUGUCACAGAGCAGCAGCGAAAGUAGUCGGACUCUGGCCACUGGUGCUGACUUCCUUUUGUCGGACGAGGUGUUAUCGGUUAUUCCGACGGACCCCUAUGAGCAGUUGGAUCUGGCCCGGAAGAUCACUUCAAUGGCGAUCGCGUCCCGCGUGACCAAGCUCGAGUCCGAGGUGGGCCGGCUUCGCGAAAUGCUUCAUCACAAAGACCGUGCUAUUGUUGAGCUCGAGGACAAGGUGUCCAACCUCGAGCAAGCCUAUCAGGAAACCGAAUUGCGAUUGAAAAUCACUCGCGAAGACAAUAUGAAGCUUUUGAAGGAGAAAAAUUCACUCACUUUGACGGCAAAGAAGCUUGGUCGUGAUUUAGAAAAGCUGGAGACGUUCAAGAGGCAAUUGAUGCAAUCUCUGAGUGAUGAUAAUUCAACUCAAUCUGAAACUGUUGAUAUUGGCACUUAUGAUCAAUCUGUUGCAAAACCAUAUCCUACAAAAGAUGAAGCUGUUAAUGUCUACAUCACACAACAUCCCUAUAGUGGGUCUAAAGAGAGCACAGGAGUCACUGAUGAUGCCUCAAAACAAGCUAUUCAAAGGUUUUCUGUGACACCUUACAUAACUCCUCGACUAACUCCAACUGGAACUCCAAAAGUAGCAUCUGCUAGUGUGUCCCCUAGACGGUAUUCUGCUGCAGGAUCUCCUCAUAGAACCUCAGGUACCACUUCACCCAGCAAAUUUCAAUAUGAAGGACGGGGUUCAAUGUCAUCGUUUUUUCCAUCAAGCCAGCAAUCUUCAGCAGCAAACUCUCCUCCAAGGGUACGCCCUCCUAUAUCAGCUCAAACUCCGCGAAUUGAUGGGAAGGAAUUCUUUCGUCAUGCCAGGAGUCGUCUAUCUUAUGAGCAGUUCAGUGCAUUUUUGGCAAAUGUAAAGGAAUUUAAUUCACAUAGGCAAUCUCGUGAGGACACUCUGAGAAAAGCAGAAGAGAUUUUUGGCAAGGAUAAUAAGGAUCUCUAUCUAUUGUUCCAAGGCUUGCUUAACCGCAGUGCACGAUAGAACUUUAGUUCUAGCAGAAAACUUGUUGAGUUGCAUCACGAGAGAUUUGGGAAGAUAAUGAAUGAUGUAAGAACAUGGUUGUGUUUCAAUUGUUUACCAUUUUAUUCGGGCUUCCUGUAUAUACAUUAGCUGCCGUGAGUCUGAAAGCAGCUGUAGGGGCGCCAAAUAGUUGGUAUUUGAUGAGAGUUGUGAAGUUGAUUUCUUGGUUGAAAUUGUUUACAUACUGAAAGCCGUUUCCAUUCUCAAA